AUGGCAGACAGAGAAGACGGAGAGAUAAGCGAUGAAGGCGAACAAAUGACGUCUGCUGGUGGUGGAAUUAGACGGACCACCUUGAAUAAGAACAAGCAGCAAAGGACUCCAUUAGAUAUACCUCGAGGUGGAAGAGGACCAAGCGACUCUUAUAGACCUGACAUGGAUUCGCGUGGUCUUAGUGGUCUACCGCCACGUGGCCGGGGCAAGACGAGCCCACGCAAAGGGGAUCGCAAGAAUUCGUCUGAGCCCAUCAAGCGACUGUCGCCUCCACCUCCUCGCACAAGGAGUCCACAGAAAGCUGCUGUGGUUCCUCCAGCACGAAAGAGCCCAGCAAAGGAUUCAAAGGCUUCAAAAAAGUACGCGAAGAAGCAACAACAGCGACAGAAUCAACAACAAAAUCAUCAUCUUCCUACUUUUGAACCACUCUUUCAUCAACAAUAUCCGCCAUUCCACACUAAACUUCCAACUCCCAUGUUUCCUCAACCAAACAAUGGGUUUAUGGCUCCUCACCCAUCUAUCAAUGCUGUUUACGAGGCCUUUCCAGUUUUGGCGCAGCUAGUAUCUCUAGGUCGAAACUCGCCUGCUCAAUAUGAUUUAUGCUUGGUAGACUUGGAUGUUUUUAUGGGUGCUCGUGAAGCUAUUCGUGCUCUAGCAAGCUCUUGGGCCAUGACUGCUGAGAAUAUCUCACACUGGGUUGGCAUAGACGCUGAUAUAGUUUUAGGUGCCUUGGAAGAACCAGGAGGGCCAAUACCAGAAAAUAUAAAUGAUUUACAGCCAAAUGCUCUUGGAGAAGAAUAUGCUGGACAGUUUGCUCUAGAGUCAUCCGGUGUAAAAAUAACAGAAAUACUAGACGACGAAUCUCCAACGAUAGCAACAGGAACAACAACCACAUCAACGACAGCAAAGGCUCGAGAAGAUAGUAUUAUGGAUAUUGAUAGCGAAGAAGCGGAAGUACAAUGGAAGCAGAUUACUCAACACAAUGCCACUCAAAAGCCUCAACCUCCUAUUGCUUCAACACCUAGUUUCCACCCGCCUAUACCAUCGAGACCAUCAGCAAUUCAAAUGAAUGACUAUACUUACGGUGGCAGGAAUAGAGCCCCUUCGCCAGGUGGCAAUUAUGUAUUAGACUUGAGUGACUCCGAUUCCUCUGAAGAGGAUAGUGACAACCCUCCAGCACUCAAGGAACCAUCUGUAAAGGCACCAGCUCGCAAACCAACUUCCAGCAAUAGUAUGAAUAGUAACACUGCCAGUAAUCCGCAGAUUCAGGUUAAACUGACGCAAACAGAACGUGAAAUGGAAAUGAUGCGUCAGAGGAUUAAAGCCCUAGAAGAUGCUCGAGCUCGUAAAGCAACCAGACUUUCCAAGAAGGAUUCUGAAGAUAGUAUAAUUAGCAAGAGUGGUGGUAUGGUUGGUGAAGCAGUCUUGACAACGAAGAAGACAACCGUAGAGACAGUAGUAGACCCGGAAGGUUCUCCUUCUAUAAGCGCAAAGGCAGAUACUGAUGAUGCCAUGGAUACAGAUAGCUCGACAGAAGAGUCUCCUUCUGCUUUAAAGGAGGUUGCAUCGACCAUUGUAAAGGAGAUUAUGCAAGAAGUCGUAGUAGUAGCGCAAAAGCCUGCCGUAAACCAACCAGCCACAGUGCUAGAGGCUACUGCAGCAUCAUUGUCAUCGCCUUUAAAUACCGUAGUCUUCUCAUCCUCACCAAAACUAUCGAAAUCUGCAGAUAAAUCCGCAUCAUCUCCCAGUCCUCCUAUAAAUCAGACCGUGGACAAGCCCGUGCCUCCUGGUCAUAGUAGUAAACUUUCGUCUCCUAGCCAGGUUACGAAAGCCGUUGCACCAGCCAAGUCGUCAGCCUCAGCAUCUCCUGCUUAUCUAUUGGUAAUUCGCAAGAAACUCGAACUGGAAUUAUCGAAUGCAGAAGAGGAAAUAGCAGGUCUGACCAAGAAGGGUACUGAAUACCAAGUUAUUGUCAAUAAGGCAAAAGCAGAGCUCGCUACUCAUGCUACUCACGUGUCGGAAUGGUCUGAUCAGCUUGGCAGAAUAGAAUCAAAGCGCCAAGAAUUGGCAGCAGAGUUGGAACGGUUGGCCAAUGAAGAAGCAGAACUUCGCUCGAAAAUGGUAGAAGGAGACGCCAUCAAAGAGAAAUUGAAUAGACAGCUGAUUUCAUUACGUAACGACGAAGUCGCUCUCAUGACGAAGCGACAAACGUUGCAGUUAGCAAUAAAUGGCAACCGCCUCAAACUUCUGGAAAUGGCCAAGUCGCCACCACAACCACCGGUACCGUCAUCAUCACAACAACCUCAGUCUACUGGCUCUAGCAGUUUGAAGAGAACUGCUGCUACCAAGGAAGCAGCCAACCCAAAACGUCAACGCCCUGCAAGAGAUACCGAGAAGACUCGCUUUGAGGAGCUCUUGAAGCUAUCUCUGGUAGAUAACACAGUGCCGUUCCAUGUCUUGAGUGGCCAUUUGACUCAGACAUCGUCUAUCGCUGCACCAUCUCUAGUCCAUAAGCUCACAAGUGAUACUGAAAUGGCAACAACCGCACAUUUCGCAACUGCCGUGAUUCCAGAUGCUGCCAGAAUUCAUAGCACAGUAGCCAAGACGACGGCUGGUGCCUCGAUCAACCUACCACCACGACUUCCCGUAUUCAACACUGGUCUUAAAAAGCUGUUUGGUGCGGAAGCGUUGGGCUCUGGUCGCUACUACGAUACACCGCUGCUUGAGAACGAUUAUAAAACUCGAUUGGAUGCCAAUCCGACUAAUGUAUCGUUAUGGAUGGAGUACGCUGGUGCUAUGAUACCGAAUGACCUCAAUAUCGACUCAUUGGACGGUGCCUCCAUCAAGCUCACCAAGGCAUUAAAUGUAUUGACACGAGCUCUUGAGAUCAAAGGCAACCAAAAUAGUGAACUCCUAUGGAAUUUAUAUCUCGAAUUAUUAUCACGUAAAGGUGCUGACAAGGAGUUUAGAACCAUGUGUCAAAAGGCUGUACAGACAUUAGGUGCAAACUCUACACGUAUAUAUUGGAGAUGGUAUAUGUGGGCUAGAGAUAAGGCUGAUUGUGAGAAUGUUUUGAGACUCAUGCUCAAGGACUUUGGUGACAAGCACUAUGCUUCGCUCGAUGAAGAGGAUCGUUCUCAAAUCAUACUCGAUAUCGUUAUACAGCGUGCUCAGAAUUGUAUCCAGUCUGGACGAGAGGGUGACGCAGCGGCCUGGUUGCAUCGAUUCUUGACCGAGUCGUCAGUCGCCUCCAUCCUGUCAUAUGAGAUGGACUUUGAGUCGCUCCACUCAUCGCUCCCAUUACCAUUACCAACGUCUAUAUCAUCUAGUGUAGCAAGUCGAUGGUUGUCGUUUAAGGAUCUCAGCUAUUGCUGGCUCUUCCUGCUACAUUUGUUAUAUUUUGGUGAUCUUCCGAGUGCCCUCUUCCACCCGUAUCCAUAUGACUAUGUCAUACGAAAGGAUUUUUAUUUUGUGAUAGACUGGUCGUCUGCCUCUGUGCCAGCCAAUGCUCCCGUCGACUUGAUUGAGGACUUGUUGAGAAUUGUCGUUACAGAAUGUCGGCCACUAGUCCAGAUGGAAAAUAGACAUCCAUAUGUAGCACUAAGAUAUAAUUAUGUGGCAUUGCUAAGGCAUCGUAAUCGUCAUAUAUCCCAAAUUAUGGAAGAAAUCGGUGGAGAACGGGACAUAGAAUUUCCAGAGCUUGCAGACCUGUUUGUUACUGUUUUGACGGGUGAAGAAGAUUAUGAUGUUGCAGUAAGCAUGGUGGAAACCUUGGCAAGUCAGUUACCGGCACCGGCUUUAUGGAAUCGGUUGGCUCGUUUGCAUGUAGAUAGUAAUAAUGUCUUGGAAGCUAUGCGUGCCUUGAUCAAUGGUGCUGCUGCUUAUGUAGCCCCGUCUUCCAAGGCCGUCUAUCAAGUUGAUGGUCCUUUUGAAUCGCGAGCAAUUGCUCAAGUUCCAGCUGAAAUGGCAUUGAAUGUGUACUGUACAUUAUUGGGAAUUACUUUUCAAUCGACGGUGGAGAUUUCCCUUCGACAGGAAAUUUCUCGUGUUGCUACCAAGUCUGACCUUUUCGCAUGGCUCAACUUUUUGAUGCUUUACAAUUUGAGUCUGGAUGGAUCGGAAUUACCGAAAACCAAUGAAUUUUUGCAAGAUGCAUUGGCGCAAGUUGUGGAUAGAGCUGAGAGGUGCAUCCUUUGGACUGAAAUAAUCUCGCAUGAAUCGCACUCCCAAAGUGAUCCCGUGAAAGCCGUCACCACUGCAUUGGGACGAGCACUUCAAGACAUGCCAGCAACUUUGUCAAGACACGUGUAUGGUGCUGGUGCUGAAAACGAAUCCGAUUUAUCCAUGAAUCUGCCAUUGGCGAUACCGGACUUUCGACGACGCAUCAUGGCUGCUGGUUUGGAAUCGUUACCAGCUGACAAGCGUCUUGGAAUGUUGCGAGUUAUUGAUGAAGCUAUGCCCGAUGUAGCUAAAUCUGUCAGUUUCGUCAAGAUGCUAUAUGAUGCUGGAGAUCUACAAGCGGCUCGCAGCAUUCUACAUCUGUGCUUGCAAGAUGCACCAAGGACUGAUAGGUUGUGGAAGCUGGUUCUGGCUUUUGAAUUCAUGACUGGCAAUGAACCGACCGUCAAGCAUUUGCUUAGCAAGGCUCGAUCAUAUCUUCACCCUGAGUCUGCAACAUGGAAGGAGGUGCGGGAAUACUCGGCACUUUCAGAACUGUGA